GACAAGCAGCACGCCGUCAUCAACUACGACCAGGACAGGGACGAGCACUGGGUGAAGGACCUGGGAAGCCUGAACGGGUGACAACGGCACAGUUGCCAUGCCCAAGCUCCUCUGUCUCCUGUCAUCUGGCUGGCCCCCAAGGCCCUGAGAAUCAUCAUCUGGCCAGAGCGCGGUGCCCAUGGCCAGUCCGUGGCGGCUCUGGUUGGGGGAAGAGGGUUUUGGAGGAGCAGGCAGCCUUACUCAGCCUGGUCAGCCUUGCCAUGGGGCCGGCCCAUGGGCAUCCCUCGGCCACCUCAGGGUCCUGGGCGCUGGGCAAGGCCAGUCCUUCAGCAGGCACCUGUCCCAUGCUCCCUGCAGGGACAUUUGUGAAUGACGUGCGCAUCCCGGACCAGAAGUACGUCCCACUGAAGCUUCAUGACGCCGUCCGAUUUGGCUAUGAUUCCAACAUGUACGUCCUAGAGCGGGUGCAGCACCGGGUCCCUGAGGAGGCGCUCAGGCACGAGAAGUACACCAGCCAGCUGCAGGUGAGCGCCCGGGGCCUGGCGCCUGGGAAGGGCGAGGCCCCGCCCCAGCAUGCCCCUUGCUGUGAGUCCUUGGCCCCCAGGCCGGAGAGGGGGGACCGGAGGCCGGGAGCAGAGGCGGCGGCCUACCGCACACCCCUGUACGGGCAGCCCUCCUGGUGGGGAGAGGAGGACGGCGGCCCCCCAGAGGACCGGCGCCGGGAGGAGCCCUACGCCGAGCGGCCCAAGGAGCUGGUGCAGCCGGACGGGGAGCUCUCUGCGACCAUGGCCGGGUUCCGGGCUGCGGCGGAGCCUCAGGGCUUCCCGUUCAGGCGGGAGCCCAGUUACUUUGAGAUCCCCACAAAAGAGGCUCCGUCCCCGCCACCGCCACCUCCGCGGCCCCCCGAGGGGGCGGCCCAGGAGGCACCGACCAAGGACACGGAGCCCAGCGGGGGUGGGGCGGCCCCCGUGGUGCAGAGCCACGCCUCCUUCACCAUCGAGUUCGACGACUGCAGCCCCGGCAAGGUGAAGAUCAAGGACCACGUCACCAAGUUCUCACUGCGGCAGAGGAGGCCCCUGGGCAAGGAGGCCACACCUGUGGAGGCCGUGUCUGCCGAGACCAAGGUGGCCGACUGGCUGGUGCAGAAUGACCCAAGCCUGCUGUGCCGGGCGGGCCCGGGCGAGGACCGGCACAGCACCAAGAGCGACCUGCCCAUCCACACCCGCACCCUGAAGGGCCACAAGCACGAGGAUGGCACCCAGAGCGACUCGGAGGACCCCACGGCCAAGGCGGCGGCAGCGGCAUCAGCUGGGGUCCCUGCGGAGGGCGGCGGGGGACCGGUGCGGCUACAGAGGCAGAUGAAACGUGACCCCCAGGAGCUGCUGCACAACCAGCAAGCCUUCGUCAUCGAGUUCUUUGACCAGGACACACCCCGCAAGAAGCGGUCCCAGUCCUUCACGCACACCCCCUCCGGGGAUCCCAAGGCCGACAGACGCCGAGGCCCCGGGCCGGCAGACAGAGACCGCUCAGGUGUCCCUGCCUCGGCGCGGGGCACGGGUGGUGGCUCGGGGCCGCAGCGGGCCAGCUCGCUCAAGCGGGAGAAGACGGAGGAGCGUCCGGGGGGCCCCUCGCCUGCCUCCCGGGGCUCCGUGCGACCCUUUGGCAGCGUGGGGCGUCGCUCCCGUCUGGCCCAGGACUUCAUGGCCCAGUGCCUGCGGGAGGGCUCUCCGGCCGCCCGGCCCAGCCCUGACCGGGCAUCCCCAGCAUCCCCGGCCCCCGAGACACCCCGAGGGGCCAGCCCUGUGGCCCCUGCGAGCCCUCCGCCGCCCCCCGCCGAGCCCCAGCUGGCCAAGGCUCGCAGACAAGAUGAGGACGACAGUCUGAGUGACGCAGGGACCUACACCAUCGAGACAGAGGGGCCGGACCCGGAGGUGGAGGAGGCCCGCCAGAUGAUCGACCAGGUCUUUGGGGUACUGGAGUCUCCUGAGCUCUCCAGGGUGUCCUCGGUGGCCUUCCGUCCGGUCAUCAGAGGGGACAGAGACGAGGCCGGUGAUGGGGUCGCCCAGCGAGUGGCCCUCCUGCAGGAGUUUGCCUCUCGGCCGGUGGGCACAGCCCCCCACGGGGAGUUACAGGGCCUCGCGGUGCCCGGCUCCCCCGGGGGUCAGAAGUGGGUGUCCCGCUGGGCCAGCCUGGCUGACAGCUACUCGGACCCAGGGCAGACAGAGGAGAGUCCUGGGCGCAGAGCUGGGGAGCCGGAGGGGGCCCCGCCUGUGCGCCAGCGACGGCGACUGCCACAGCUGCCCAGUGACCGCGCAGACAGCCCUGGGCGUCUUGAGGCCACCGGGAGGAGCGGCCCUGGGCCUCCGGAAUCGGCCAGUGAGCAGCCCGGCUGCCUCUUGGGCCAGGAGGACUUGGAGCCUGACAGCCUCAGUGACGCCAGUGGGUCAGACGGUGGGCGGGGCUCUGAGUUGGGUGCAGGCCUCCAGGAGGGAGUAGCGUGGACAAAGGGCCGGCGCUCGCCAAGGGCCCCCGGAGAGCCAGCCGCCACCUCUUUCUUCAUUGGGGACCAGAAUGCGGAGCCAGCCUUCCCCAGGCAGCCCUCUGUGGCUGCAGGGGCGGUGGAGGGCCCAGGGCGGGCGGCCCAGCCCAGCCCCGCAGCGAGGGAGAAUGUCUGCCCCAGCACUGGUGGGAGGGUGGUCGUCCGGCGGCACACAGAGCGGUCCCCGGAGCCCGAGAGCCCUGCCCCAGCCUUGGUGCGGCAGGAGAGCUUCAGCAAGGAGCCGGCCGGCGGCACCCCCGCGCCUGGCCAGCUUCCACACGUCUCCAGCCACCCCCUCCUGAAGGACCUGGCUGCCACCCGGGCCUCCCGCAUGGACCUCCACCCCCAGGACACCCGCCUGAUCCUGAAGGAGACAGAGACAGCCCUGGCAGCGCUGGAGGCCCGGCUGCUCUCCAAGCCCAUGGAGGAGGCAGAGGGCCCGAUGGGCAGCGUCCCUGGGCCGCAGGAGGAUUCCCUGUCUGGGGACUCUGACGUGGACACGGCAAGUACGGUCAGCCUGCUCAGUGGCAAGAACGGGCCCAGCCCGACCAGCCCCAAGCCCGCGGGGCCACAGAAGGAGAAGCCGCCGUCCCCAGCAGCAGCGCAGGACCCAGCAGGCAUCCCCUUGAACUGCGGCCGAGAGAUGCUCUCAGAAAAGCACCGUCAUGCCCUGGGCCCCACAGACACAGGCCGGGCGGAGCCAGGGAGGCGCCUGGCCACGCGGCGUGGCACUGGGCCCCGGGGGUCCUCGGACUGGCCUGACGAAGACCAAGGCUCUGGCCUGGCCUACCCGCCCGGCACAGACACGGUCACCUCUGACCACGAGAGCCCUGUGGCAGCUGGGGUGGGGCGGCCAGGGCCUCGCCGGAAACCGGCACCACCAGCACCAGCCCCGGCUCCCCGGGAGGAGCAGGCCCGUGGCUCUGCCCAGAAGGUACAGCAGGUGCUGACCCGCUCCAACAGCCUGUCCACGCCGCGGCCCACGCGGGCCUCCCGGCUGAGGCGGGCCCGGCUGGGGGACACCUCAGACACAGAGGCUGCUGAUGGUGAGCGGGGGCCCCGGGCCAACCCUGAGCCGGCAGGGCGGCCCGCGCCCGAGCAAGCCAAGAAGCUGUCACGCCUGGAUAUCUUGGCCAUGCCCCGAAAGCGGGCGGGCUCCUUCACGGGGCCCAGCGACUCCGAGGCGGCCCCUGCCCGCGCCGGCUUCUCGGGCCGCAGUGUCGAGUUGUACUGCUCCAGCCGCAAACCCGUCAUGGCCGAGGCUCGCACUGCCGCCGCCAGGAAGUCUGCCGGUACCGCCGUGGCCCCCCGCCAGCCCUUCAGCAGGGCCCGCCCAGGCAGCGCCCGAUACUCCUCACCCAGCACGCGUCGCCGGCAGCAGGGCUCAGACUGCACGUCCACGUCCGAGGAGGAGUACGGCUCCCACCACGGCUCCCCUAAGCACGCACGCUCCCUCGCCUCAACAGCCACGCAGACCCCGCGGGCUGGCGGCUCCAGCCGCACGCGCCCCCGGGCCCCCGGCCUCCGGGACACGGAUGACGAGGAAGAAGACCCAGACCCGUACGGCUUCAUCGUGCAGACUGCGGAGAUCGCGGAGAUCGCCAGGCACUGGUGUGCCGGGAACCUUGGGGCUGUUGCUCGUGUGCCCGCCAGUGAAAGGAGCGGCAUGGACACUGACAGGCUGAGCCAGACGCUAGUGAAGGACGUGGCCAUCCUGGCGCGGGAGAUCCACGACGUGGCUGGGGACGGUGACUCGCUGGGCUCACCGGGGCCCGCAUGCAGCCCCUCCCUCAGCAACGUGCCCAGCACCCCUGCUUCAACCAUCUCCGCCCGUGAGGAGCUGGUGCAGCGCAUCCCCGAGGCCGGCCUCAACUUCCAGAAGGUGCCCCCUGGCUCCCUGAGCUCCCAAGACUUGGACCAGAACAUGAACGACCGCUGUGGGGACUCGCUCGCCAGCAAGACACGGCCUCGGAGCCGUGAGGAGGUGAUCUUCGACAACCUGAUGCUGAACCCCGUGUCGCAGCUGUCCCACGCCAUCCGGGAGAACACGGAGCACCUCGCCGAGAAGAUGAAGAUCCUCUUUCAGAACACGGGGCGGGCCUGGGAGGAGCUGGAGGCCAGGAUCAACGCGGAGAACGAGGUGCCGCUCCUGAAGACGUCCAACAAGGAGAUCAGCUCCAUCCUGAAGGAACUGAGGCGCGUGCAGAAGCAGCUGCAAGUCAUCAAUGCCAUCGUGGACCCCAGUGGGAACCUGGACCUGCUGACCGGGAACCGGAGCCCCGCGGGCUCCGCCCAGCUCGGGAAAGGCCGGCCGGCCGCCCAGAGCCCAGGCUCGCCCCCCUUGGCCCUGCGUCUGAGGAGCUUCCCGCAGCGGGUGAACUGCGGCUCCCCAGGCCUCCCGGACCCUGCCCUCCUGCCUGACUUCCUCCCGGACGCAGAGAGGUUCCUGCUCUAGGCGGCCUCCACGUGCCCUGGGUCCAGUGCUGCCAGCGCCUCUUGUCUGCCUCCACGGCCCUUCCCGGCUGCGGACGGUUCACCGCAGACCCCCACAUGUGCCAUAACCCUGUGGGCAGGUGCCUCUGUGCCCAGACCCCCUCCCUAGCUCCCAGCCAGCGCCCCAGCUGGACGGUCCAGCCCCUGCGGCUGCCCCCGCAGACCCUCUGGCCCAGCUCCUGCUGCGGCCGUCCCGAGGGCUGGCGUCACAGGUGUGUACCCUGUCUCCUCUCUACUCCAGUUAUUUUUGUCUUUAGCUGUUAAGGGAAGAGUGGUCUGGGCCAGUACGGCAGCCCCGGGCCUGGAAGGCCAUCAUCCUGCCCGUGCGCUGGGGGCGUCUGUUCUGCUACGGGCUCUGUGGGCUCAGCAGUCCCGUCCCUGUGGGCUGGCCGGGGCCAGGCCAAGGAGGGGCUGGACCAGGGGUGGGUAUCAUUCAGUGCCAAACACGGAGCCGGGAGGGGCUGCCGGAGCCCCGGGACUCGAGGGCAGGGUGCUCCCGGCUGGCCCUGCAGCCCGCUCUGCCAUGGAGCCGGUGGCUCCUGCAGCCCCGGGGUCGGGUCGCCUGUGGAAUUGUCUGGGGUGGGAACCCCACUGCUUCGAGCCUUUGGUGCCAAUGCUACUGCCAAACCCACAAGUGUGCAGGCCGCGGCCGCGCAGGCUGGGCAUACGGGCACACAUGCUGGACACGCGCGCCCACUCUCCCGGCAAGCCCAGGUGCGCGCGCACGUGGCGGGGCCGCCCUUCCCGGCCAUGGAGGCUGGGCUCCUGCACUUGACUUCCUGCAGUCCGAGGCUGGGGCUGGGGGGAGGGAGAGGAGCCCUAGCCCUAGCCCGAGGCUGUGGGCAGCCGGGCUUCCGGAAGCUUCCUGGGCUGUACCCCUCCCCCAGCCCUUACCCUUGUCCUCCCUGAUGCUGUGGGCAUUCCUGGGGUGUCUGCAGCCAGCUCCAGGCCCUGCAGGCUGCUGUGCUCCUGGUCCUGUGGGGGCUGGGGGACACGGAGAGCCCCCAGGGACAGUCUUGCCUUCUCAGGAUUCUUCCAGCUGGGAACACGGGUGGGCAGAGUGUGCGCCGCCCCCGGGGCAGGGGGUGUUUCUGGAGCCUCUAAAGCCAAAGAGCCCGUGGGUGGUGGCAGGUGGGGGCUCGGGUGGCUGCGCACCAGCUCGGCCCCUGUGUGAGUGGCGACUGCAGGAAGGGGCCCGGCGGGCGGGUGUGAGCCCGGCCGCCAUGGGCGAUGCGUGUCUCUGUUUACGUGUAGCCGACGUGCAGUCGCGUGCAUGGGUCCUGGGCCCCCGCCCCCACGUGUCCGUGUGUGUGAGUGUGUGCAAGUGUGAGUGGUGGGCUCCCUGCCAGGACCCCGCCCCUGAGCCUGCUGUGUCCACAGGGAGGCGGCGCCGGGCCCCCUCCCGCCCCUGCAUGCCGCGCGGUUGCCCGCAGCCUGUCCCCCGGAGCGCGGUGGCUGUCCCAUCCACACCCACGCUCUGCCAUCGCCACCGCUUCUUAUUCACCCACUUCCGUCCUUCCCCUUCCAGCUUCCCCUUGGGAUUGGUAACUUACCUGUCUGGCUUCUUGGAGGUACUUCUGUCUGUCCGUCCUUGGGUGGUCUCAUGGAUGUCUUUCAGGAAACGGUUAUUUUAUAUGAGUUGUCAUGGGGUUUGUUCUAAUAAAUCAUUCUGUCACAUGGCGAA